GCCGUAUGUUUACAUCGUGGUUGGCCGCGUGUUGCAUAAUUUGAAACGUGAGAUUUGUGCUUAAUUCAAGUAUCCAGUAAUAAUUGUUCCUUAUUUUUGGAGUAAAUACAGUUUUGAUACCUUAUCGAAAUCAAUAAACGAUUGUGCUACUAUUAAAACAGCGUAUUGUGAAAUUUAUUCCUUCAAUCGUCGAAACAGUGAGAGAUGACAAUUUACGCUGCAUAAAUGUGUUUGUGCUCAGUUGAAUAAAGGAUCUAUUGAGUCUCGUCUCUCUGAUUUCUAUCAAAGCAGCAUUCGAUUCAUUCUUCACAGUUGGACUCGUUCGUCGCGUUUGAAAGGUUGUGUUUUCGUUUAAACACGCGACUUCCGAUUUUCCUUUCAUCAGUGAGAAGUGUACCUAGCUGAAAAAGUCAUAAUUAUCGGUGUCUUCUAGCUAUUAACGAUAACGGUGCGACGAAUAUAUCUUAUGUGAUAUCGAGCGCAGUGUGAAUUUUGCUGCGCCAAUCUUGAACUAUCCGGCGAAUUCUAAUCCCGUAAGCGUAAUGGCCCUUGGAACGGAGAAGAUCAGCGAACCAACACCGGCAACAAUUGGCAGCAAGGGAGGACACACGGCAAAUUCAGAACCGAAGAAAAAAGGCAAUGGCAGAAAGCAGAAAAAUAACAAAGAUAAGGAAUCGACUCCGCCACCUACGGUGAAUGGAAAGAGCAAGGAUCCGCUAGUCAAUGGCCACGGUGCUGCCGCAGAGAAUGGAUUGAACGGACAUACUUCGGAAACGGAGCUAAACGGCAAAAGCAGUACUGGCAACAAGAAAAAGUCUGACGGUGAAGUGAUGGAAAUUAUCCAAGAGCAAGGAUUUACGGUACAGAUUCUCUCCCCAGGAGUUGAGUCACUUUCGAUUCAGGUUUCUAGUAUGGAAUUGGUGCAAGAGAUCCAUCAGUUGCUGAUGGAUCGAGAGGAUACGUGUCAUAGAACGUGUUUUUCGUUGCAACUGGAUGGAGUCACAUUAGAUAACUUCGCCGAAUUGAAGAACAUCGAAGGGCUUAAGGACGGGUCGAUCAUCAAGGUUGUAGAAGAACCCUACACGAUGCGUGAGGCUAGAAUCCAUGUGCGUCAUGUACGAGAUUUACUCAAAUCGAUGGACCCGGCGGAUGCUUACAACGGAAUAGACUGCAGUUCGUUGACUUUCCUGCACACGAUAACGCAAGGUGAUAUUUUGGAGAAGAAGAAAGGUCGUUCGGAUAGUGUGGACUGUACCCCGCCAGAGCAUAUUAUGCCCGGGGCUAAGGAUAGACCGUUACUUCCCCUGCAACCUGGUGUGGGGAAAAAGGGACCGCAACCGCUUAAGGUACUGACGACGUCAGCUUGGAACCCCCCACCUGGACCUAGAAAGUUGCAUGGUGAUUUGAUGUAUUUGUACGUGGUAACCAUGGAAGAUAAGAGAUUCCAUAUUUCGGCAUGCCCCCGUGGAUUCUUUAUUAACAAAUCCACGGAUGACACAUUCGACCCACGACCAGACAAUCCUAGUUAUUUGUGCCAUUCAUUGAUCGACCUUCUAGGGCAAAUUUCGCCUACGUUCCGGCGGUGCUUCGCUCAAAUGCAGAAGAAGAGAACCCAACGGCAUCCAUUCGAAAGAGUUGCCACGCCAUAUCAGAUUUAUACCUGGUCAGCGCCGGCCUUGGAGCACACGAUUGAUGCCAUCCGGGCAGAAGACACUUUUUCGUCCAAGCUGGGCUACGAGGAGCAUAUUCCCGGUCAAACGAGAGAUUGGAAUGAAGAACUGCAAACAACGCGGGAGCUACCAAGGGAAACACUACCUGAACGGUUGUUACGUGAACGUGCCAUAUUCAAGGUUCAUAGUGAUUUCGUGACGGCUGCUACUCGUGGGGCGAUGGCCGUUAUUGAUGGAAAUGUGAUGGCGAUUAAUCCCGGGGAAGACGCCAAAAUGCAAAUGUUCAUCUGGAAUAAUAUUUUCUUUUCGCUUGGAUUCGAUGUACGUGAUCACUACAAGGAACUCGGUGGAGAUGCAGCGGCAUUUGUUGCGCCGAGGAAUGAUCUGCACGGAGUUCGCGUCUACUCGGCGGUCGAUGUUGAAGGAUUGUAUACGCUGGGGACAGUCGUCAUCGACUAUCGAGGAUAUCGAGUUACAGCGCAAUCAAUUAUUCCGGGAAUUCUAGAACGAGAGCAGGAGCAAUCCGUUGUUUAUGGGUCGAUAGAUUUCGGCAAAACUGUACUGUCACACGAAAAGUAUCUAGAGCUGCUGAACAACGCUGGAAAGCAUCUGAAAAUACUGCCACACAGUGUCUUAAAUGAUAAGGAUGAACAAAUCGAAUUAUGCUCUUCCGUUGAAUGUAAGGGCAUCAUUGGUAACGAUGGACGGCAUUAUAUUUUGGAUUUGUUGCGUACUUUUCCACCAGAUGUAAAUUUCCUGAAGCUGGACGAAGAACUUAGCACAGACUGCAAAACGCUUGGAUUUCCCAUUGAGCACAAGCAUAAACUCAGCUGUUUGCGUCAGGAAUUGCUAGAAGCUUUCGUGGAGAGUCGGUAUUUGCUAUUUAUCAAGCACGCAGCUUUCCAGUUGCAACAGCUUAAUACGACAAAACGACAACAGAAACAUGAACCGAAGGAAGAUGGAAAAACUGAAAACACCAAAGCAAUUGAGUCGGCCAAGGAAGGUACAACGCCGGCAGAGGAAUCGAACAAUAAUAUUGACUCAAAAGAAGAGUCUGUUAAAUCGGAAGAAACAUCUGAGUUAACGAAAGAAAAACAACCUACGGGAGUGCCAAAAGUAGAAACAGAGGAAGCCAAAAAACUAAUGGAAUCGCUUCUAUCUAGUGAUGAGAAAAACGAGAGCAAGGAAGUGGUUAAACGUGCUUGCGAAGCGGUUGGUUCGCUCAAAGAGUAUGAGUUCGACAUCCGCUUUAAUCCGGAUGUGUACUCACCUGGUAUUAAGCAUGUGGACGAUUCCAAUGCUGCCAAUUCGUUAAAGAAACAGAAACAGUUGGUAAAGGAUGCUGCUGAAUUUUUGGUCAAGCAUCAAAUUCCCAGUUUUGUGCAUGACUGCUUGGAUCAUACGGCUGCUCCAAUGGACGGAACAACAUUGACUGAAACUUUACACAGUCGCGGUAUUAAUGUACGUUACCUGGGCAAAGUAGCGAAUCUACUGGCUAAAAUCAAACAACUCGAAUAUCUUCACACUAUAGCAGUUUCGGAAUUGAUCAAUCGGGCAGCGAAGCACAUUUUUACCACCUAUAUGCAGAACACCGAAAUGAUGAGCAUGGCAUCGGCCCUUAGUCACUUUCUCAACUGUUUCCUGACUACAACUACCGCAGUGUUUCAUACUGAUACAGAUUCCGUAACAAAAUCUGGUUCAUCAAAUAAACAACAGCGUCGUCAGAACAAGCGAUCGGGCGGAGGGAAAGGCGGUAAAUCGUCAUUCCAGUGCACACAAGACAAUAACGAGUGGCAGCUGUUAACGCCCAAGUUGCUGUGGAACCAAAUACAACAAGAGCUCAAAUCCUAUUGGGACUACGAUUUGCUUCCGACGAACUCGCAUGAUUCUGUUGAACCAGUGGUUGCUCACUACCGACUGCAGAAAAUUAGCCUUCUACGUGCAUUUUGUCUAAAGACUGGAGUUCAGAUUUUGCUGCGUGAAUAUAACUUCGAGAUGAAGAACAAACCUACUUUCGGCGAGAAUGAUAUCGUCAAUGUGUUCCCGGUAGUUAAGCACAUCAAUCCGCGGGCUUCGGAUGCGUACAACUUCUACACUACCGGCCAGACCAAGAUACAGCAGGGUUACUUCAAAGAUGGUUAUGACCUUAUAAGUGAGGCGCUGAAUCUGCUGAAUAACGUUUACGGUGCGAUGCAUCCGGAGAAUGCGCAAUGUUUGCGCAUGCUGGCUCGUUUGAGCUACAUCAUGGGUGAUCCCCAGGAAGCGCUGGCCAUUCAGCAGCGAGCGGUGCUUAUGAGCGAGCGCGUUAAUGGUAUCGAUCAUCCGUACACGAUUGCUGAAUAUGCUCCUCUCGCACUCUACUGCUUUGCCAACAGUCAAAUUAGCACUGCCCUUAAGCUGCUGUACCGUGCAAGAUACCUUGCUACGAUCGUGUGUGGCGAGAACCACCCGGACAUCGCUUUGUUGGAUAGCAAUAUAAGUUUAAUUCUGCACGCUGUAGGCGAGUAUGAACUUUCCCUGCGUUUUCUCGAACAUGCUCUGGCGCUGAACAUCAAAUAUUACGGUGAUAAAUCUCUUAAGGUAGCCGUAAGCUAUCACCUGGUAGCACGUACUCAAAGUUGUAUGGGUGACUUCCGGUCAGCACUGAACAAUGAAAAGGAGACUUAUGCUAUCUACAAGCAGCAGCUUGGUGAAACGCACGAUAAAACGCAGGAGUCCUCCGAAUGUUUGCGUCAUCUAACCCAACAAGCAGUGGUAUUACAGAAAAAGAUGAACGAUAUCUACUCGAACGGGAAGUUAACAAGUGGUCUGCCACCGAUUCAUAUUCAGCCGCCAUCGAUGGGCUCAGUGUUGGACAUGCUGAAUGCAAUCAACGGUAUUAUUUUUGUACAAAUCAGUUCCAAAGAAAUUGCCAAUUUAAAGAACGAAAUCGAAAAACGUCAAAAAGAAGACGGUACCUCGGAGCCGGCUGUGGUACAAGCAAACCAAGAGGAGGUUGAUCGUAUGCUGACCGAGACAAUGGCGAAGACUGCUGCCGGAAUUCCGUUUGAGGAGCACGACAAGCAUGAGCUUCCUGUUACUGCAAAGCCAGAGAAGAGCAGUACAGUAGAGGAAGCAAACACUGAGCAGCAGAAAACUGUUAGUCCUUCCAGCUGAAAUAACAGCUCACAUCAUCACAUUCGGCAGUAAAAAUACCUACAUUUGCUGCUGGUUUACCCCUACGCACUUUCUGUGCGCAACUAAUAAUCAUCGAUCAACACAAGUUUGUUUUUCUUUAGUCUGUAGAUUUCGUUUGUCUCCUUAGUUAUGUGUAGUUCUGGUAGGCACUAAGUUUGGAAACUGUAGCAAUAAUACCAGAAAAUAUAUUUUUGGUAAUAGCAAACUCCUAGUUUAUAGUGUAUCAACACUCUCCAUCAAUCGCUGAGCUUUUUUCUAGUGAUUAUUGACUAAGCUAAGAGCAAAAACGCACACAUUUUUGAAGCCGCAUCAAUCAGUUAGUUCUGUUCUGCCUUUGUUUCGAUAACAACUGUAAGUUGUAAACAACAAAAAAUAGGUUGUUGGUGUUAAUCGUUGUAGAAAUCAAGAUUCAACACCACAAACUUCCGUGCAAUGAUUAUUUUUUAUAGCUUUCAAAGAAAAUCUUUAAUUAGCAACUAUUACAACCCUUUUAAACUGUUGGGGCGAAACGAUUUCAAACAGCAUAAAUAAAACGCGCUCUAGUCAGCGUUCCAAACUUUUACAUCUUCUCUACCUAACGAGCUACGAAAAAAAUCACAUGUGAUCGUAAUACGAGCCACUAAACAGACAUAGCCUAAAAAGCGAACAAUUAUAUUGUACUGAAUUAAAACGUUCAUGAUUAGUAGUCUGCUACUUAUAGCGGCGACAAAAGCUCCAACAACCACUGAAUAGUUUGGAGCAUAAAGCAACAAUAAACAAACAUUAGUAGUGAGUAGUGUUUAGAUAGUGAUAUACGAGUUAAAACCCAAUAAAUAAAAAUUGUAUCGAAAUUUUGUAGGCUUUCAAAUUGAGCUGAAGCCGAAACAGAUUGAACAAUAAAUCAUUAAACGUUUGGAAAUCCGUUUAA